UGUCGCAUUUAGCGCGAGAUCCCAAACCCCGAAGCAACUUGUACAGCUGUGCAUCGCAGAGGGUCAGUGCACAACACCGACAGUUCAGGGCAAAUAGGACGAAGGUUAGAGGUUAUGGGCGGUCAGCAGUCAAGGCGGGUAGAAGAUACAUCCGCAGGCGAACCGGAGAGUUGGAUGAAUCGCGUUGCCGUCAAACCUUCCGAAAACCUCGUCAAACAGCUUCAAAGGCAGCAACAGUACCAGGUUAGCAGGGUAGAACCGGAACCUUCCGCCCCCAAGAGUCAAUCCAGGCAGCAGGAAGAUAGCCAGGUAUUUCGGCGAGAACGAGAACUGAGGAGAGAAGAGGACGACACUAGAAUGGUCGAGGUUUUGGCAGCAAAGGAUGCCGAAACCGCGCAUUUGUCGAAGAUUGUAAGUUCCGUCGUCAUCCCCGAUGUUUCUGCAGGGCAACAAAUGGCAGUUUGUGAUGAAGAGUCGCAGGCGGUCGUCAAGUGCUACCGCAAAGAGAGGGGAAACGAACUCAAUUGUGGAAAGCUUGUAGAUAUUUUGGAAGAGUGUGCCUCAACCCAAUAACGGUGUUUUGUGCCUUGCCAUUUGUGUCGUUAGCUCUAUCUGACCUCUUGGAAAUUCUGGCGAGUUAAGCCAUGUCUGCUCUGUACAGGCCAGUAAGUUUUCUUACGCCAACACGCAUGUUCGUUGGUUGCCCUACGAAAAUGACGUUGAUUGGUUCCGUAGAAGCGUGAUCGUUCCAGCUACAGCUGAUAUUCCAGCAGGACGAUUCGCGCGCAUUCCUCCCUGCGAUUGUUCCAGCCCAUUGGUUCGAGAACGUGGAUGGUACAUGUUUGUUGACAAGCUCGUGCUGUAAGCCAGUCGAAAGGAGACGUUCUUCUUUUUCUGUUUGUGAUUGCAGAACGAACCGACCCGUAAGUCUUGUAUGCCUUGGAAUUUGGAGUUUCAAGGAUACCUGACAAAGUAUUGCAAGAUUUAUUUUCGUGCUGGUUGUUGAGGGAUUUUAGGAACUUUGUCCUAUUUUUUCACUAUUUCCUUGCUAUCCAGAUUGUUGAAUAUGUAUUUUCACCCCUCGAAGUAGGAUGUCCCAACAUCGAUGUAGACCAGAUAGGUACAAGAGUGAACCUGCUAUGGCGCACAAACGCAGUGUUGCUAUUCAGGCUGUAUGUCUAACACUGAGAAUCUAUGAGAUAGCUCGCUCGAUACGUUCGUGGUUUUCGAAGCGACGGGAUAGGUAAUUCUUUGAGCGAAAAUAACGCGCGGUAGGCACGCGUGAAAUCAGGCAGGGUCUAGGACCAUAAACGUCCCCCCGUUGCCUGGGGUCAAUCAAGGGCCCCACGAAUCGAAGGAGCUGCUGAUGCGUUGCAACCCCCCCAGCCCCAUUUUUCGGGCGCUAAAACCAGUUUGGUGAAGGCGUUGAUUGCAUAGGAUUUAGUAUGGGUACGUAAAGUCUACAUUCCUAUUGGCUAUAUAUUUAUUGUAUAUCAC